GAAUCCAUAUAAAAACGCCCAGUUGGGUCAUACAAUUUUCCAUUGCUGGUCAUUAAUUGGUCUGGAUCUGUCCCCGUCCAUCGUCCGUACUCCGUCGUCUCUCUGUGUCUCUGUCGCGUCGCGUCCAUCAUGCCCUGGCCUGGUCGUUUGUCUUUAAUUUGGCUGCUUCUGCUGGGAAGUUCCAUUGACGUCACACUAUCGAAACGAUUGGAUCGUAAACUGUCGGACAACCGCAUUGUGGGCGGCCACGAGGCCGAGGAGGCAGCGGCCCCUUAUCAGGUGUCCAUACAAACAAUCUGGCAGACGCACAUCUGCGGCGGUGUCAUCCUCGACAAGGAAUGGAUCCUCACCGCCGGCCACUGUGCCCUCGACUACAGCAUCAGUGACAUCAGGAUCGUGGUGGGCACCAACAACCGCCUGCAGCCCGGACAAACACUCAUUCCGGACGAGGCACUCGUCCACUGCCUGUACGACGUGCCGCACCUCUACAACAACGACAUUGGCCUGAUCCACGUGAACGAGUCGAUCAUCAUGAACGAGCGCACCCAGAGCGUGAAGCUCAGCUCGGAGCAGCCACCGGCAGGUGCCACAGUAACCCUCACGGGCUGGGGUGCUCCCGAGAGUGGUUAUCCGACCGUGGAACGUCUGCAGACCCUCAACCUGACGAUCAUCGGUCACGAGGAGUGCCGCCAGGCCUGGGACUACCACGAGGGCAUCGACAUUGGUCACCUGUGCACCUACACCAGCGCCGGAGAGGGCGCCUGCUCCGGCGACUCUGGCGGUCCGAUCAUGUGGGAGGGCAAGCUGGUGGGUCUGGUCAACUGGGGACGACCCUGCGGCGUUGGUCUGCCAGACAUGUAUGCCAACACGGUUUACUAUCAGGAUUGGAUCCGCAGGACGCCCACAGGCUGCAAGAAUCGGGUCAACUAGCAUAACGAUAAAGAGCCAGAUGGAAAUGUGAAAUAUAUAAAUAUAUUUAUCGAUAAUAAU